AUGUUUGGUGGAGGACGCUGUUUGGUGAGGUACCUCUAUGCGGCCAACAAUCCUAGUGAGUCGAUCCUGGCCAAAAGGCUGGACCCCGGCGACCCUGAGGACAGGCGUGGCUAUGGCUGCUUGGUCUCCUACAACGUUCCACCCUACGCCCGAGCGGGGCUCUACAAGGAGCUCCAAAGCGUAAGGGGUUUGCUGUCCGAGCUGUUGGAGCGACGGGAGGAUGUGGAGGGCGAGGGCCAACGCCUCCGAGCAGCGGCGCCAGCCGUGCCGGCAGCGGCACCCGCGGCAUCCGCGGCAGGCGACGGCGAGCCUGUGGAGCCGACAUUGGAAGCGGCAGUGAUUCAGGCCGUGGUGGCAGCGGGGCUUCAGAAGGAUUUGCCCUUCCCCAGCGACGUUCAGCAGGCUAUCUCUGCCGCGGGCGACGAUGUGGAUGCGGCGGCCGCCGCCGGGGCGGCUGCCUUCGAGGUGGAGGGCUUCGAGGACUAUGCCGGACGACUUCGGAGUUAUUUGGCCGAAUUGGAGGCCACGCUCUUCUCGGAAGGUCUGCAUACCUUGGGUCAGAGCCCGACCACCGAGGAACUUCGAGGCUAUUUGAUGGGUUGCUUCGAAGAGUCGGCGCUGCCCGAGGCAGCCAUCGACGCCCUCGCCCGUGGCCGCAGUGACGCGGAGGUCCUCGCGCAAUGCGGUUCGGAGAGCGGCGAGCCGCGGGAGCAGUUGAGGGCAGCGCGUGAGACGGUCAGCCUAUUGGAGAGGAAUGUGGAAGAGAUCUCAGGUAUGUUGCGAGCACUGAACGGCGAAUAUGUGCUCCCGGCGCCGGGCGGCGAUCUGAUCCGCGACGGGGCGGCGGUGCUGCCGACGGGGCGCAACAUCCACGCCUUAGACCCCUAUCGCAUCCCCAGCCAAACCGCUCUUCAGCGUGGCCUGGCAGCCGCUGAGAAGACCAUCGAAGGGUACCGCGCUGAGCAUGGCGAAUACCCGGAGACCAUCGCGGUGAACCUGUGGGGCUUAGAGGCCAUCAAGACCCGUGGUGAGUCAGUGGCCGUGGCCUUGGGCCUCAUCGGCGCCCGGCCGGUCUGCGAGGCGACCGGCCGGGUGGCGCGCUAUGAGCUGAUUCCACUGCAGGAGCUGGGCCGCCCCCCGCGUGGACGCCUUGUGCUCCCUGAGCGGCAUUUUCCGCGAUAG